CAGCCAGUCAGAACACAGCAGAGCCUCUGAGCUGACUCCUCCAAACUCCUCUGCCUCUGUCCCUCUGCACUCACUGUCGCUCUCCUGCUUCUGUCUCACAUUCACUCAUCUCCUGUCUGCUGCAGAAAUGGCCGAAGCUUUUGUUGGCACGUGGAACCUGAAAACCAGUGAGAACUUUGAUGAAUAUAUGAAGGCGCUGGGCGUGGGUUUUGCCACCCGUAAGAUUGGCGGUAUGACCAAACCCACCACUAUCAUUUCCAUGGAGGGUGAGCAAGUGACAAUAAAAACCCAAAGUGCUGUUAAAAACACUGAGCUCAGCUUCAAACUUGGUGAGGAGUUUGACGAGACCACCGCAGAUGAUAGGAAAGUUAAGUCCAUAAUAAACAUUGAGGACGGUAAGAUGGUGCAUGUACAGAAAUGGGAGGGCAAAGAGACCAGCUUGGUCAGAGAGGUCAACGGAAACGCCCUCACACUGACACUGACACUUGGAGAUGUUGUUUGCACACGCAAUUAUGAGAAAGCAGAGUGAUGUCAAACUCUGAAAAACCACAAAACACUCAGCCAACUAACCCCCGCUUUCCAGUGACUUCAGGACCACUCAGCUCAAGUCAGGUCCUUGGUACACGUCAUACAGUCCCAUCGUUACACUGUUUCUUCAGUUAUUGCUGCUGUGAUUUCUCCCUAUAUUCCUCUUUUCCCUAAAACGGUUCCUCUUUUACGAAACACUGAAUAAAUUCCAGUUCUUCUGUUGUGCUUGAAUGCUAUGUCUGCUUUUGUAAAGGAAAUGUGUAAAGCAUGGUGCCUGUGUUAAACCUGGAAAAAUGUUCGUAAUUUGAUUAUUGUGACAUGAAAUAAUCUGAAUAAAAGUGUCCACAUGGUUGGAUAAUGUGUUACAAA